AUGGUGGGAACACUGACAGUUGAAGGACCGACACCUGGAAAUGAUCGCCGGCAGGGUGUCCGUUUUGUUCGAGGCCUAGAAGCCAAGGGAGGGAAGGCCAAUGCCAAGGAUGCAGAAGACACGGGAGGGACAACAGCCAUCUCAGAAGCAGCUUGGGGAGCUUUGAAUCUGGGUUUCUUCUCUUCAGAUUUGGCUUUCUUUUUCAUCAUCAGAUCUCGAUACGAAGAAACCUCGGGUGACUCUACUGCUUCUCGAUCCGCUUUGGGUUUCUCGGAUCGGCAUUCGGCGUACGUCGUUCUUCAUCCGCACGCUUCCAUUUUUUCUCUUUUUCUUUCCAUCCCCGACGCCUCUGCCCUAGCAUCUCGCGCCGCCACCACAGCCGGCCACCGCGAGCCCUAUCUCCGAUCACCUCACAUCAGAGCCAAGCUUUCCUCCAUCUCGAGUGCCCUAGUCGGCUCCGACGCCACUGCUGACCACCGCCUUGUUCCUUGCUUGAGCAGCCGGCGAUCGCAGGGAUCUUCCUCACCAGUGUCGUGCCCUAGUUUUGCUUUUCACAGUGGUUCUGUCUUCAUUGUUAUCUGCCCUAGCUGUGAACGAAGAGUGAAUCUUUUCUUGAAUUCCGGCAGUGAAGUUUCAACAGGAGGUCUUGGCUGUGGAGGACCUUUAGUCCAGCAGCCCACUCUAGGUCCAGCAACAACGAUUUUUGCUAUUGAGCCACAACGACUGUGGUUGAGGUAUAGUGUAGGAAUUGGUCUCCGUUGUAGAUGA